AUGCUUAAUGAUGCUUGGAAUGCCGCUCCUCAGAUUCAGGAAUAUCUUAAGAUGAAUCAUAUCUUACCUCCUUUUACUGACCAAGACUGGAAUCAGCUUGGACAAAUCCGGAUAGUCCUUGCAGAGUUUGAUAGAUAUAUACUGGAGCUAUCUACUGAUAUUCCACAAAUCAGUCAAUCUUUGGCUAUCUACUAUCAACUCUUUGAUCUUCUUCAAGAAGUUCAGGAGAGGGAGGGAAAGUUCAAGGACUUUGACGCAGAUGUCGCUAAUGCAGCUAAGAGCGCCAUGAGGAAAUACGACAAGUACUAUACUCUUAUGGAUGAUUUAUGCGAUAUUCUCUAUAUUACAAUGCUCUUGGAUCCUCGGUUUAAGAAACUUGUUCUUGAGCAUGAGUUACGGGAUGAAGCUCAGGAUAUUAUUACUGCUAUGCAAGAGCAGCUUGAGAUCCAGUAUCCUAUAACUCAUAAGCCUGAACUUUUUAUAGCUUCAGAAGAACCAGGACCAUCAGUCACGUUGCAAAAUCCGGAUAAGACCAUAGUAUCAGAGAUGAUAAGUAAGAUCAAGGCAAAGUCGCAAAAAUCUGCAGAAAAGCCCUCUGAUAUUGCACGAUAUCUCAACUCUGAUGUUGUGGAAUUUGACGAGAAGAAGAGAGAUUGGAUUUACACAUGGUGGAGAGGUCAUAUAGAUGAAUAUCCACGCAUGGCAGCGGCUGCACGGGAUUAUUUAGCUGUUCCAGCAGCAGAGGUUAAUAUUGAGAGACUAUUCAACACUGGACGGGAUCUUCUUGGAUUACGGAGGUGGUCUUUGAGCAGCGGAACCAUGAGGAAGCUUCUUAUACUGAAAGAUUCUCUUUGUAAACGUGGGACCUGUGAAUUCCCGCUUCCGGUUAGUUUUGCCGUUGGCGGCCUAGCGCUCCCGUACGCCGUAUUGUCACCGCCGCCGUCCCGAAUCCGCGACUAUAUAAACCCCAUCCCUCGCCAUUUUAACCUCGCGCCCUUUUACUUCUGCAUUUUCCUCUCGGUUGCUGGGGUUAUCGUUCUCACCGGUCCAGCUGAUCUCCAGCUGGUCUCCACCAUCGUCGCAUUCACCGUCGCAAUGCACGGCCAAGCCAUCGCGCCAUCUCUCCACUCUUGGUAUCACUUUCCAAGUUUUUGUGAGCUCGUGUAG